UUGAUAGGAAGUGCAGUUAACAAAUUGAAAUUUGAGGAGUGUGAAAACCACUCCCUGCCUAUGUAUACACUAACUCUCCCUACUUAUGCCCCUAUGCACAUUGGUUGUGUCCUUAUAACACAAACUUGAGCAGAAGAACUUAAGCCAAAAAAAUGAUCAUGAAUGCUACUACUGAUACUGCGAAACUCUCUCAAUCCGAGCAAGAAAAACUCCUCGACAAACUUGGAGUAUUCAAGAUUCAAGGCAGAGACAAACGUGGCCGGAAACUUCUCCUGAUAAUUGGAAAACUCCUUCCCGCAAAACGUGUGACCGUUGAGGCAUUGAAAAAGUACUUGGAGGAGAAGAUUAUGCCUGGUUUGGAUGAGCAGCCGUUCUCCGUGGUGUACGUCCACACCGGUGUUCGGAGGAGCGAGAACUUUCCUGGCAUCUCGGCCCUCCGAUUGAUCUCCGAUGCUAUUCCGAUUGACGUCAAAGAUCGUCUCGAGGCUGUUUAUUUCUUGCACCCGCGCCUGCAGUCCCGCCUUUUCCUCGCCACCUUUGGUCGUCUCAUAUUCAGCGGAGGGUUAUACCGGAAGGUGAAGUAUGUGAGCAGGUUGGAGUUUCUGUGGGAGCACUUGAGGAGGAAAGAGAUGGAGUUACCGGAGUUUGUUUAUGAUCAUAAUGAGGAGUUGGAGUACCAUCCGAUGAUGGACUAUGGGUUGGAAAGUGAUCACCCUAGAUCGGUCUGUUCUGCGCUGGCCAUGGUGGACUCUCCAUUUUCCGUUUACUCCAUGAGAUGCAUUGCCUAGCUAGAAAAAAGAGCAGAUUUGUUUUGCUUUUUGUUUGAGUUAUUUUUGGUUUUGAGUUCUCAAGAUAAGUCUUCAUACUAUACUGACAGAAAUGCUUGGGAAACAUAUGCUGAUAUGCCUCGGCACUGUGUUCAAAGUCAUCUGGUAUUUGUAGGUAUUACAUGCAUGGAACUCGUGUACGUCUGUCUGUGUUCGAAUCUGUAUCCAAAAAUUUGUAUCCUUAGCACUAGUCAGCGUAUGCAAGAGCUUGUGUGCUUGGUAGCAACAGCCUGUGUCUCAAAAUUAUGGUAUAAUGUACCGAGAAGAUACUCUGUUAAAUUCUGUAUACGAAACAAUGUUGUUUUCGUUAAUCUUACUUACUACAAUCUAAGUCUAAUCCCUGCUCGAUAACCAAAAUGCUUACAAUCAAGAAGAGUUGGGUGUUUGGAUAGCAACUUGUUCUACCAAAAAUAGCACUUCUUCUUCCUCAUCUUUUGCAUACUUCUUUUUAUCUUUUUGUUGUACUUGCACGGGUG